CAUGAACUUAUGAAGCGCUUUUGGAGUUUGAACUUUGGACUGGCUUUAGCGGAGGGGCUCUUGAUCCUCGUUUGCUCCCCUGAGCAGAAGCCUGAGAAGGUCGAAAACAGCGUAAAAUUGGUUCUUCGUGUGGUAGAUGUCGUUCUGAACGCCAGGGGGACGACAACCCUGAGGAAAGAAGAGGUACAUUGUGGAGCUCAAAGAAAAUUUGGAAAGAACACUUGCGUUAAAUCUGCUGCGAGUGGAGGUUUCAAGAUGGCCAUGUCUCUGCAGGCCAGGGCCGGGCUCUCGUCGGGGUCUCUUGGACAUCCUUCUUUUUCAUCCUCCUCAUCUUAUUCCUGCACUCGACAGCUGCUAAUGUGUCCGAGUCUGUGUUCAAAGCAGAGCAAAAAUGGACGGCAAGCUCUCUCUAUCUUGAAGAGGAUAGAAAGGGACCUUCGGUAUCAGGCAAUGGUGUCUGCGACCAGCAGGAAGGGGCGCAGCGGAUCUGGCAGGGCGCAAGCCGUCGAGUCCCCCUCAGCUGCCGUCGUCGACGACGCCCCAACUGUAGUUGCCGAACCCCAACCUGAACCCCUUGCCCCCAACCAAACAAACGAAGCCACCGAGUCGUCCUCCGCAAUUGGCAACGGGCCGGCCGUGCCUCUUGAUAUCUACCCAUCCUCUGGCCUAGAAGUUGACACCAUGGCAGAAGCAGACCUAAAGGAGAAUGGGUUCCGGAGUACCCGGAGAACUAAGUUGAUCUGUACGAUCGGGCCGUCGAGCUGUUCUGCGGAGCAGCUAGAGAAUCUGGCCAUUGGCGGGAUGAACGUGGCGCGGCUGAACAUGUGCCAUGGGACGCACGAGUGGCAUCGGCAGGUAAUCAGGAACGUGAAGAAGCUGAACAAGGAGAAGGGCUUCAGCAUGGCAGUCAUGAUGGACACGGAGGGCAGCGAGGUGCACAUGGGUGACCUUGGGGGGCCGGGCAAGGCAGAGGAUGGGGACAUGUGGACAUUCACGGUGCGGAACUCAAAGGCAGACAAGACGAUCCAGGUCAACUACGACGGUUUCGUAGAUGACGUCAUGGUCGGUGACGAGAUCGUGGUGGACGGCGGCAUGGUGCGCUUCAUGAUUGAGGAGCGCAAUGGCCCCGACGUCGUUGCCCGGUGCAUUGACCCGGGCCUCCUGCUGCCACGUGCCAACCUCACGUUCUGGCGCCAGGGAAACCUCAUCCGGGAGCGCAACUCGAUGCUGCCCACUAUCUCGUCAAAGGAUUGGCUUGACAUCGACUUUGGAAUUGCGGAAGGCGUCGAUUUCAUUGCCGUGUCGUUCGUCAAGACGCCCGACGUGCUCAAGCACCUGCGCAGCUACAUCGAGUCCCGCGCGCGAGACCGCAAGAUCAACGUCAUCGCAAAGAUCGAGUCGCGCGACUCGCUGAAAAACCUAGAGGACAUCAUUACGGUGUCCGAUGGCGCCAUGGUGGCGCGGGGGGACCUCGGGGCGCAAGUGCCCUUGGAACAGGUUCCCAGCAUCCAGAAGGACGUGGUGCACCUCUGCCGGUCGCUCAACAAGCCCGUCAUUGUGGCUAGCCAGCUCCUUGAGUCGAUGAUCGAGUACCCGACGCCCACCCGGGCUGAGGUUGCGGACAUCUCGGAGGCCGUCCGGCAGCGCGCGGACGCCCUGAUGCUGUCCGGGGAGUCCGCCGUCGGGCGCUACCCCGAGAAGGCCCUCGGCGUCCUGCGCACCGUGAGCCAGCGCAUCGAGCGCUGGUGCCGCGAGGAAAAGCACCACGAAACCCUGCGCCUGCCGGAGCUAUCGACGAUUCUGAACGAGAGGAUCAGCGAGCAGAUCUGCAACAGCGCAGCACAGAUGGCGAACCGGCUGGAGGCGGACGCGAUCUUUGUGUACACGCGACGCGGCAAGAUGGCGAGCCUCCUGAGCCGGAACCGGCCCGACUGCCCGAUCUUUGCUUUCACGGACAACCCGUCGAUCCGGCAGCGCCUGAACCUGUACUGGGGCCUCAUUCCGUUCCGUCUCUCCUUCUCCGAGGAUAUGGAGAUCAACCUGCAGCGCACAUUCGCGCUGCUCCUCAAGCGCGGCAUGAUGAAGUCCGGGGAGGUGGUUAUCGUGGUGUCCGACAUAACCCAGGUUAACGAGGCCGACCUGCGGCAGUCUAUCCAGAUCAGGAAGCUCCCUUCCCUGGAGUCGCUCAGUUAGUUGCUCGGUUAAAGCUGGGUUGAGGUUGGGAGGUGGGUCAGUGAAUGCGGGCUUCGAUCAAAGCCGGGCUCGAUUGCUUCCAAGGGGCGUCAAGCCUGGGGUAGUGAGGGGGGGGGGGUCCAGGAAUGGGUCUCCUUGACACCAAUUGCUUUAGCCAAAGCAACUACUUCGAAAAAAGCUUAACCCAAAGCUAGAUUGGUAUGUGGGUCAACGUGAGCUUCCUGUGAGGUGAUUGAUACGGACAGGAUAGGGGCGUCGCCUGCUGCUUCAGUUCUUGGGCUGCUUUGAUGUGGGGCAAAGUGAUGGUGGCUCCGCUGAACCUUUCGGGAUGCAUUACAGGCCUAAGGCCAUUUGGAGGGCCCUUUGUGUAUACAGUGGAAAUAUUAGAUUCCUUGGAAGAAAGAGGGGGAUGGAUCAUAGGCGAGUGAUAAAUUGCGCAAGGCCGGGUAAUAUCACCCCACAAGCGAGCUAGUGAGUGGAAUCCACGUCGUCGGAGAAGCAGCCGUUUCUUCCUUUUUCAAGCAUCGUGCUAGCUAGUUCAUUGAGGCCUUGCGGCAGCUCCAAGCUGUCCCUGACGAUCUGAGUUGCAAAGUAAGCAUUAGAUUGUGAAUCAGCCAUGAAAUCUGUCCACUUGUCAAUUGAUUGAACGUGUACCACCUCCGGGUUGGAGGCUUGAGUGCGCUG